AUGGCUCCGCCCCCGCUCAGACCCCGCCCCCCACGUGCCACCUGCACGGAGCGGGCACGAGACUCGCACGGCCGGGCAGGGGCCGGGCAGCCGCGUCAUUGGGGUUCUGGGGUCACUUGUUAUUCCCUCCGGCUCCUGCAGGGGGCGCAGUCUCAUCUCACGAUCUCCGAAGCAGAAGAUCCUGGAGCAGAGGGGGGGGCCCCCGGGGAAUUUACAUUCAGCGCUGACCCCUCCCUGGAGGACAUCCGGCGGCUCCAGGCCGAGUUCGUGGCCGAGCGGGGGUGGGGCCGGUUCCACCAGCCCCGAAACCUGCUCCUGGCGCUGGUGGGCGAAGUGGGGGAAGUGGCCGAGCUCUUCCAGUGGCGGGCGGACCCCGAGGCGCGGGCGGGGCUGCCGGGCUGGGCGCCGGGCGAGCGGGCGGCGCUGGCCGAGGAGCUGAGCGACGUGCUGCUCUACCUGGUGUCGCUGGCCCAGCAGUGCCGGGUGGACCUGCCCCGCGCCGCCCUGCGCAAGCUGGACCAGAACCGGGCCCGGUACCCGGCCGACCGCGCCCACGGCUCGGCCCGCAAGUACACCCACUACCAGGCCGGCCCCACGGACGCCCAGCGCCGGGACGGAGCCACGGACCCCUGCUGCCCCCAGGACUGACGGCCGGGCACAGACAGACAACUCAAACCGUGCAGAGAGAUGGGGUGUGUCCCCCCCAACCCCACCACUUCCGCACCGCCCAGCGCCGGAUUCCACCCCAGCUCCCCCAUACCUACAGCAACCCCCUGUGCCCCCAGUUUAUCAACCCCCCAUCCCAUCCCAGCCCACGCCCCACCUGUCACCCAGGGCCCCCCAAAGUUCAGCCCUGAGUGUCUCUUUUUCUUGGUGUUUUUAAGUAAUAAAAACCUUCUCUUUUG